CACAAUGUCAAACCAACAAAAUAAAACUUGCAAAGGGUGUCAUGUUUCUCAAAAAUAUGAAGAAUUUCUAAAUGAAAAUGGUGUUGUCUUAAAAAAGUGCUUAAAAUGCCGAAAUAAGCUUAAAAUAACUCGAUCAAAAAAUAAAAAACUUGAGCUGGAUAAGAUAAUUUGCUAUACUGAUAUUACUGAAACCAUAUAUAACUUUCUAAUUUCUUUAAAUAAUACAAAUGAAUUUUAUGAAGGAGAAAAUGAGAAAUUAAAUAUGAGUUUUUAUAUUGAACUUUCGUCUUUUCUUGAUUUUAUUUUAGAAAAAGAUGGAUCGUCAAACAAAGAAAAUCAUGAAAUAGAAAUGGCCCAUCACAUAAUUACAUCUAUCUCAGAGGGUGAUGAAUAUUCAUGGGUUUACCGGGAUAAAAAUCAAAAAAAAAAAUUCUGUACUCUUAAUAUAUUAUUGCAAUUGCCGAAUUGAACUUGGAAAACGACAGGCCAAACAUCCUAUAGUAGAUAACUGAAACAGAGGGAUACACCUAC